UUUAUGGUCUUCAGUACAUACGUAUAUUGCGUAUAUCCGGGAGAACAUAACCUCGAAGAGAGAGAGAGAGAGAGGGAGAGAAAAAGAGAAAGGAGACAGAUAACCCAGUAUCUACCUACGGAUGAACUGUCAAUUCCGGUGUGCAGAGGGGCGUGCUUUGCGAUCGUGAGGAGAGGCCGAGGAAAUUCGUGUAGACUGACCAGAGUCCGCGAAUUUCCGUGAGCACUGGCGACACACGAUCGCUCGAACGGCAGAGUCUCAUUUAAUAAAAUUUAAUCGACGACCGCGCCCGUCGAACCCGCGUGUCCCGCGUUCAUCUCGAGUUCUCUUCGAGUGUACGCUGAUUCAUCAUCGCUGCCUUCGAUAGUAUUCGACGUCCCACGUAAUCGUCUUGAAACAUCCUCUUUUAGUAAGAGUAAUCGCGAAAUGACGGAGGUCCACAACUUGGGUGUCGAUGCCAUCAGCUGUCACGCGUGGAACAGAGAUAAAACUGAGGUUGCCGUAUGCCCAAACAACAAUGAGAUCCAAGUGCACAAACGUACUUCAUCCGGAUGGAAGUUACUCGAGACCUUGGAGGAACAUCACAUGGCUGUCAUGGGAAUUGACUGGGCGCCAAAAACCAAUCGCAUAGUCACCUGUUCCGCAGACAAGAAUGCCUAUGUAUGGACUCAGAAAGAAGACGGCAAGUGGGAUCCUGCUUGGGUUCUUCUGCGAAUAAAUCGAGCCGCUACUUGUGUAAAAUGGUCUCCUUUAGAAAAUAAAUUUGCCGUGGGUUCCGGAGGACGAGUUAUAGCUGUUUGUUACUUUGUAUCAGAGAAUAAUUGGUGGUUAUGUAAACACAUUAAGCGUCCAUUGAGGUCUACGGUAACUACCGUUGAUUGGCACCCCGACAAUAAAGUUCUGGUCGCGGGAUCGACGGACUAUAAAGUCCGUGUCUUCAGUGCAUUUAUCAGUGAUAUGGAGGAUGCUCCAGGUACUAGUCCUUGGGGACAGAGUAAUAGUUUAGGAACAUUGUUGGCUGAGUUUCCUAAUACACCCAACGGAGGUGGCUGGAUACAUUCAGUAGCGUUUAGUCCAUGUGGCAAUAAAAUCUGUUGGGUAGCGCACAAUUCGUCCGUAUGUGUCGCUGAUGCUACUAAAGGAAAUGCAGUCAUGAGACUAUAUACAGAGCAUUUACCGUUUUUAAGCUGCAUUUGGAUAGGUUCUAAUAACAUUGUUGCUGCUGGGCAUAGCUGUAUGCCAAUGUUAUAUUCCGUAGAUGACAACGGACAAAUAUAUUUUGUUUCAAAGUUGGAUAACACGCAAAAAAAGGAGAUUGCCGGAUUAUCUGCUAUGCGAAAAUUCCAAUCGCUAGAUCGACAAGCGAGAAAUGAGACGAAUGAUAAUGCUUUGGAUAGUGUGCAUCAAAACACAAUCAACUGCGUUCGCCGAGUAUCCGAUCAUGAAUUUAGCACAAGCAGUUUAGACGGACAACUUGUAGUUUGGGACUUGAAGCUUCUAGAGAAUUCCAUUGCUGGUCUCAAGAUAGCGUAAGCAUGAAACUUUUUUUAUAUUGCAAAGAUCAGAGAUAUUACAUCCAAUACAACGAUGUAUAAAUGUUAAAAUGAAUACUAUACAAUUUCUCAUUAAUUAA